AUGUCGGGAGGACCCCUCUACGCUGAGGGCAUGCAGUCGUUCGCUAAAGACGAGGACAUGACUACCUUUCAAGCCUUGCUCUCUUCCGAGUUACCGGGAUCCAGUUGCAUCCCUAGUCUCGUCCGCGAUCUCUGCUUGGGCGAAAAAUAUGCCUUCACUGCGGUGGAGACCCUACGGCUGGAGAAUCUCGCUCGGCCGAUCGCCACUGUUCCCGCCGUAGAGAACGCAGUCACAGUGCUCGCGAGCAAGGUGGCUCACCUGCACCUGCACUGGUCCGAGACCGGAUAUGGACAGGUUAAAUCAGACUUGAUCGAUAUUCUGUCCCCGUCGCCUCGAAGGUCCUCCUUCCACCUCUCAAGUUACAAUGCGCAAGGCACUGUCGUCGAAUGGACUGAGCGGCAGUGGAAGCCGAUCUACAAGAAAGUUAGAAUUGGCAAGCUCGUAGCCAAUUUAUACUCGUUCAAGAUUUUCUACGUCGCCAUGUGGCAAGUGUAUGCGUUACGCUGGCCCUUUGCGGUCAUCGUCGACCGGCUCACUCUUACCAAUCACACCCUUGAGCGUCUCGGAUUCCAGUCGGAAUUCUCUCUGCUGGCGGGGUACCUCUAUGACACAAAGUGGGGGCUCCAGGGUUUGAAGAAAAGACUCGUAAUUGAUGUCCGGGAUGACAGUGCCGUCCCCACUACUACUUUGAACAUCAAAUGCGUGGACGUCGAUGCUCCUUCGAUCCUGCAAUCGAAGACCAGCGUCUCGGAGUGCCUAACGGCAUUUUUACGCUGGAGGAUGCUGCUCACGCCCCGCAUGCGCUUCCUCCUCGGUGAGCUCGAACCCGAGAAAGCCGUCCCGGAGCAGUGCGCCGGUCUGGACGGGGCCCUCGCCAGUCUCGCGGCGGAGGACCCCGAGCUAAAGAUCACCUUCAACGCGCAAUGUCCUGCUGAACGUCUCGUGGACUGGGUCGAGACCAUGUCGGCGUGCUUCCCUACUCUCACUGCUAGUGGAACGCGCGUCGGGAUGGUGUGUAGUGCGAACGGCAGCCCGGGAGGCGAGCCGUCUCCUGCCGUUGAGCACUGGUGGUCGUGA